AUGGCGGAGGGUGAGCUGAGCCUGCGUUCCCCCUCAUGGUGCUGUUUCAUGGUCACAAAGCACAGGGACAAGGGGCGGUUGGCAUUAGGUGCAAGGACAAAGGCCGGGCAAGGCUUGGAGGUCUCUGCCCUGUGGCGUGAGAAGACAUCACACUUGCGGCCAAGGACACCUCCAACAGCCAAGGACCCAGGCUGCUCACUGAGGCACAUGAGUCAUCCCGAGGGAGCUGGUAUCCACGGCAGUUCUGAUCUCAGCAUUGCUUUUGGUCCCCUGGAGCAAGCUGUGUACUCUGUACAGUAUUGUCUGCACAGCAAAUACAAGGCUCUUGGUGCUCGCACAUCUAAACGGAAAAGACCGCAUAAGGUCUGGGACAAAAGUGAAAAUGGGGAUUGGCAUUGCACUGCCAGCUGGAAGACGCAUAGUGGCUCUGUGUGGCGUGUGACGUGGGCUCAUCCAGAGUUUGGGCAGGUCCUGGCUUCUUGCUCUUUUGAUAGAACUGCAGCUGUUUGGGAAGAAAUAGUGGGAGAGUCAAACGAUAAACUCCGUGGGCAGAGUCACUGGGUGAAGAGGACAACUCUAGUGGACAGUCGGACAUCUGUUACAGAUGUUAAGUUUGCUCCCAAGCAUAUGGGUCUUAUGUUAGCAACUUGUUCAGCAGAUGGAGUUGUAAGGAUCUACGAAGCCCCAGAUGUGAUGAAUCUCAGUCAGUGGUCCCUGCAGCAUGAAAUCUCAUGCAAGCUCAGCUGCAGUUGCAUUUCUUGGAAUCCUUCAAGCUCUCGAGCUCAUUCGCCAAUGAUAGCUGUAGGAAGUGAUGACAACAGUCCAAAUAUAUUGGCUAAAGUUCAAAUUUAUGAAUAUAACGAAAAUACCAGAAAAUAUGCAAAAGCAGAAUCUCUUAUGACAGUCACAGAUCCUGUACAUGAUAUUGCAUUUGCUCCAAAUCUGGGAAGAUCCUUUCACAUCUUAGCUGUGGCAACCAAAGAUGUGCGGAUUUUCACGCUCAAACCGCUAAGGAAAGAAUUGACUUCUUCUGGAGGACUAACAAAAUUUGAAAUUCAUAUUGCGGCUCAGUUUGAUAACCACAACUCCCAGGUGUGGCGAGUGAGCUGGAAUAUUACAGGCACAGUGCUCGCCUCCUCCGGUGACGAUGGCUGCGUUCGGCUAUGGAAGGCAAAUUAUAUGGACAACUGGAAGUGCACUGGUAUACUGAAAGGUAACGGCAGUCCAGUCAAUGGUAGCUCUCAGCAGGGAGUUUUUAAUGCCUCUCUAGGUUCGGCGAAUACGAGCCUGCAAAACUCCCUAAAUGGAUCAUCUGCUGGCAGGUAUUUCUUUCCCCCUCUGGAUUCCCCACGGGCUGGAUCAAGAUGGUCCAGCCAUGCCCAGCUCCUUCCUCCUCCUCCUCUGAUAGAGCCCUCUUGCGAUGCUGACCCUGCCAGCCUUCAGUAUCCACACCCUCGCAGACGAUGUGUGUCUCGGCCUCUUAACCUAGUACCUGAGAAUGAAGGGGUUUAACAUAACGUUACUUUAAGUAUAAACUCUAGAAGGCCUUAUUCUCAUGUUUGCAAAUACUUCCAUUUCUGGCUGCUUUGGUUUCUUCUUCCCUACAGAAGAUUUUUCAAAAUUGGGGGCUUUAUUGCAUGUUUUGCAGAACAAACCA